AUGGCUAAUUUUCUUAAAGGACCUUCACGUUCCUUAUAUAAAGAAUAUACCCCAUUAGCAUAUUUCUCUUAUCAACUAGGUCGGAAUUCUUUUCAACAAGGUUACCUUGGUAUCACAAACGACGUGUCGAUCAAUGGAUUGCUGCACCUUAGAUUUCCAGCACAUAGGCCUUUGUAUGCAAAGAAAAUACAAAUUUGUUUUCUGGGGACCGAAUUUGUUCAAGCGCAAGGCGCGGGUCCAAAAAUCUUAGUUUUUAAUACGAAUACAAUUUGUGAGGUUACUAUCGAACUAUGGAAAAGUCCGGAUGAUAGAUAUCACGAAAUCCUUGAUAUGGAUUUACCUUUUGAAAUUCCGCUUCCCUUCGAUAUACCGUCAAGUUUGUCCGUAGAUAAAGGACGAGGAAAGGUUGAUUAUUGUCUUCAAGCUAUCAUAUCAAAGAAACCAAAUCUUCGAGGUACAAAAAAGAUCAUACAAUGCGCCUACACGGUCAGACGUUAUAUUUUACCUCCUUUGCCUGAACCUAAAAGUUGGACAAAAAGAGAUCCAACGAAAGGAAUCGGGUAUGAUAUCCAUUUAAGUAAUAAAGUUUUUGGACCUCGUAAUCCGAUCGUCGUAAGAUUGAAGUUGACAUUCUAUGAUUCCCGCGUUUCUUUGGAAGACAUCAUCAUUGGCUUAAAAGAAUAUAUUGUUAUUGCAGGCGCAUUUGAUGUUAAUAAAAAGAGUAAAUACGUUGGUAUGAAAAUCGUAAAAGGUCGAGAAUUAUCAAUUACAACAGAUUCACGAUAUAGUGAAUGCAUAACGGACAUUAAAUUUUCAAUCCCAGAAGAUUGCAUUAGCAAGCUGACUUGGUCUCAUGAAAGUUUUAAUAUCAAAAUAACUCAUAAGCUUAAGAUUAAAGUUAAAUUCGGUUUUUUUAGCAAAUAUAAUUUUAGUUUGGACGUUCCCAUAAAAAUUGUAAAUAUGUUAAGCGUUGAAGAGGAGGCUUAUUUGGCCGCUGAACUUUUAUAUCAACAAGAAAAUUCAAUUAAUUCAGAACCGGGAACUCAACCUAAUCUUCCUCCCCCGAAUUAUGAACAAAUUUGGCAUAUAAGCCAAACUUCUCUUCCUCCUUAUAUAUAA